CAAACAGCUUGCGGUCAAUAAUCAAAGUAUCUCGUGUUUUGAAAAAUUAUACACAAAGGAACGACAACAAAGCAAAUAAUUGCUGUCAUUACAACUUAAUAGCCAUGUCUUGAACCAAAUUAACCAUCACCGGGUCCUUAAAAACCUGGGCCGUGAAAUCCAGGGCUAUUUUUUUACGGUUUUCUUAGGAAAGUUCAGAGUUUUUGUAACCUUUGGCGUCGUCCAUCGUUCGAAUUCCAAACGUUUGAAAAUUUCCAGUAAAGUUCCACGAUGAUCGCUCAGAGUUUUAUUUGAUGGCAACGAUCAAAGUUUAUGGAAGAAUAACUCCAUGUUCAAAUAUAUCCAGCCUCGUUGAGAUCGAGGGAGAUCGUCUUAUCACAUCAAAGCUUGGACGACGAAACAGCCAGAAAAAUGCUGUAGAAAUUGGUUUUAAGUUCAGUGAAAUCUUCGAUCAGGAUGCCUCUCAGAAUGAAGUGUUUGAUAGGAUCGCCAAAGAUGUGGUUGGAAAGUUUUUAGAAGGUUAUAAUGGGACGAUAUUCGCUUAUGGACAAACGGGGACUGGAAAAACUUACACUAUCGAAGGGGAAGAUCUCAACUUGGACACAUCUUCCAGGCAUGGCCUUAUCCCGCAAACUCUAGCCAUGAUUUUUAAUGAGAUAGAGAAGAUGGAUGAUGAAUGUGUUACUGUGCAGAUAUCUUUCAUUGAGAUGUAUAACGAGAUGGCAUACGAUCUUCUUGGCCCAUUAAUGUAUGGUAGUAACAACAGGAAAGAUUUACCCAGAGUUCUUGUGACCAAUGGCACAAGUGGAUCAUGUAUAAUGCAUGGUCUUUCUGUACAUGACGUAUGCUCCGAACAUGAGGCUCGUCGGCUUCAUCUGAAGGGAAGGUGCAACAGAACGAUGGCUUGGACAAUAAGUAAUGAAAGGUCCUCACGAUCCCAUGCUGUUUUUAUGGUUCUUCUUACCAGACAAAAGCAAGGCUCAGAAAUUGUGGUCAAGUAA